GUGCAGGAGGACAGUCGAAGCGAAAUAAGCGGGUGAGAUAGAGAGAGAGUUGGAAAGUAGGCCUUAGUCGUUCAGUCAGUAGUCAACUGCGUGCCAAGACGAUUGGUUGCCGUAAUGUUCGCGGUUUUCUGUUUGCUGCUCCUCUUCGAUCUAGGUCACUGCCAGGACAAUGAACUUCCGUCAAGAUUCGAGAUCGAGAGCUCAAUCAACCGUACGAUCGAGGAAGUCGAAAGACAGGUUCGCGAUGACUCCAGUCUGCCCAGGCUAACUAGACAAGAAAUAGUGAAUAUUCUGGAAAACAUCACGUCGCAGGACUUGCACGAAUUCAAAGAUAAAGAAAAAUUUGAAAAAGCGAGGGAUUUGUAUCAAAGGGCGUUAAUGGUCGUCCUCCCUUACAGUGCUAAAGAAUCACCUGAAAACUUAAGGGACCUUUACACGAAACCACCAAUGACGAAGAUAAUUCCUGAUUUUUCAAUAUCAGAAAACGAUAAAAGCGAGUCUGACGAAGGGAAAACGAAAAAAGAGAAUAGCAACGUAGAGAAUUCCGAAAAAUUAGUUACCGAGAAUUUAAUAGUAGAUCGUAAUUCCUAUAAGACCAUUUCGAAAGAAUCUACUACGAUGAAGAAUCAUUAUAAAAAUCACAGGGACACGUACUCAGAAGUGCGUACGAAAGUGCCUUUAAAGGAAUCGUUGAAACUGGAUUCCACGCCUAUCAGGUUUACUUUCAACCUGGAGAAUCUUCAGAAAAACGCGUUCGCCACUGAGAAAACGACCACGAGGCAAUAUCCAAUUUACAGAAAUAGUGGAAGCAACGAUACUGGAUUGGAAAUUGUUUACAGCACCAGCGUUACCAAUGAACCUACCACGAAACCAGCUUCGAAGGAAAUUACUAUCGACUUGGAGAGAUCCAAAGUGAAUCAGAAUAUAUUGACAUCUAGUCAAUGGCGCUACAACGCACCACCGAGUACCAUUAUGAAACCAACUCCACCUUCCAAAGUCGACAAAAUACCGUUUCUUCCAACUAUUAACGUGCAGCCUGAAGAUCAUCUUACUGUCUCUUCGACAUCAAGAUCAGAAGUCUUAAUGAAAGAUACCAGUACUGUGGAAAACUUGAUGUCGACUUCUGAAAAACCAACUACCCUUUUUGUGACACCCAUGUCCACCGAAACGUCUUCGAAAGUGAAGUAUAGUUCCACGUAUUCUUUGAAUUCUGCAGGAUUCCGUCAAGCCGCUACAGCAACAACUACUACUAGUACUACUACAACCUCCAUGCCAAUGAGACCAGAGGUGAUGGAUCUGUUAGCUUCGAUUGGCUUACGACCAGCUAAUAGCAGCAAUGUCGAAGAUGUUUAUAAGAAGAACAAGGAUAUUCUUGAGAGCAAAGUACAAGUUCCAGAUCUGAAUAGUAUUCACAGUAUGAUUUCUGCUGGAAAUGAUGCAGUAUCGAUUGCCAACCAAAACACUUUUGAAAGCUCAGGAUCUGAGAUCAAGAAAGGCGUGGAAAAUUUAACUCCGGAUGUUCAAUUGCUGUUCAAAAAAUUCGGUCUUGAAACUUCGAAUUUGGCCCAACCCACGACCAGCACCACACAGAAGACGACAAUUAACCUGAGCUCGUAUACAAACUUCAAGCCUCUGCCUACUUCCAGCGUGAAGAAUCAAGAGAUGAAGGAGUUCUUGGCUAAAUUUGGACUUGGCAUCAAUGACAAUCGAAGACAGAAAUCAAUGAAAGCAUCUACGGAGGCUCCAUCCGUGAUCGAAGCUGUACCGAAUAAUAUGAGAGGGAUUUUGGAGAACAUAGGCCUGAUCUCUAAUUCUCGAAAGUUAGCCAAGACUGUGGUAAAUUCUAUGGAAGACAUGGAAUCGACAGAGACAUCCAAGUAUCAUGUAUUCAAACCACACGAAGCGACUGUGGAUAACGAAGAACAAAGAAACAAGAUCAACGAGCUUUUGGAUACUGUGAAAUUGGUGCAGGAGGGUAAGGCUAACAUUCAGAAUGUUAAAAAAGUGGCGAACGAUUUGCUGCAGACCACGAAGAUUCUGAAAGACGGACCAGAUCCUCUGAAACUCGAAGAGAUCAUCAGGACCUACAACGAACACGUCAGAAACGAAGUGAAGAGGCAGCAAGAAGACCAAGAAGAGAAAGAAGCAAGCACUGUUACCACCACGGAACAAACUAUCUCUCCUUCGAGCAUUACGACUGAAUCGGCAGAUACCACCUUAAGCACUCCCAUGACGACAGAUUCAGCGAGAGCAGCUUCUGAUCAAUCAAAAUCGGCCACAGCGAUAUCACCUGAGACCUCUUCCUCUUCUACCACCGUGUCGACCACGGCCAGCUCGAACCUGAUGGCAUUGGAGGAAUCUUUCGGUGGUACAACCAAAGAACCUGACACUGCCCUACCUCCGAAGAGGAAGAGCGGUCUCUAUUUCUUGGUGGAUUGGAAUUCGUUUCUCGAAGUCGGUGAAGAGGACAAGGAAAAGGUCAACGUGAGGUUUGCGCCAAAAGUCGGUGACAGAACGAGAUUCUUAUCAGUUACUGUGCCUUAGACAUUAACGGUACCAGGAGUUACUCGUAGUUUAGAAUUACAUGCUGUUUGUCGCAUUCUGAAAAUUACAAGUUUGAUGAUGCGUUUGAAAAUCAAAGUAACGAUUAAUUUUGUUUAAACGAUAUGUACAUACGUAGGAAAAUGUAAUAUAUUGUU